CAGUGGUAAUCGCAGUAGUGUAUUUUUCUAGACGGUAAAAGGUAACAACUAACAAGGGAAGUUUGUGAAUUUUCCAUCCCCUUCAUGGCUUCAUGCUUCAUUUGACGAAACAAACAGGACUACAGGAGUGUCUACCAAACGCAACUAGCAAUUCAUAUGGAGGUUAUUUCCGAGAUUUGUUGGAGAUGGGUGCGGUAACAUUCUUAUGCAGCAGCUUUCUGCUAGAUGUUGAUUGCUCUACUGUUAAUUUCAAGGAAGAAUAUGGACUUGUCAACAUCCCAGAAAUUUACUCUUGGCUAUGCUACCCUUGUUGGAGUUGGCGGAGUUAUGGGUUAUAUGAAGAGAGGCAGCCUUAUGUCCCUUGGGGCCGGUGGUGUAUCAUCUGCUCUACUGUACUAUGUUUACACAGAACUUCCAAACAAGCCGGCUUUUGCCUCAUCACUUGGGGUUGGGGUAUCUACAAUGUUACUCGGAUCAAUGGGUUAUCGUUUCCUAAAGACGAAAAAGGUGUUUCCUGCUGGAGUUGUUGCUCUUCUUUCUCUUGGAAUGACUGGUGGAUAUCUACACGGGAUGCUCAAAAGUCAGCACUAGAGACAACAGUAUGGUUUUUGUUGGAACUUCGGUGUGAACUUAUUUCCCUCUGACAGUACGAGUAUGUAUGUUGAUCUUACUCAUCUGGAUAUGGGGUUCUAGUAUGAUAUUUACUUUAUAACAUGGAUGUCUGAAACUGAAUCAUAUAGAGCUAGUGAGCUACUGAAGGCAAUUGUAUGUCAACUUCCAUUUAUGUUUACCCUUUAUAGUCAUAUUACAUAUAUACAGUUCUUUUCUUCA